UUGACACAGCAUAACCUAAAAUGUUAUAAUCCUGCCGUCAAUCACAACAAAAACCGACGCGGCAACAAAACAUUUAAUUCAUUUAUUAGUUCCAAUACUUGUAAUUCAAUAAUAAUAAUAAAAAAUAUUAUUGGUGCUUAGGUUAAUGGUUUGUUUACUUAAAAUGUUUGAUAAAAAUAAUAUUGGAAUUAUUAUUAUUUAAUAUUUUAAUAUUAAUUAUUAUCAACAAUGGGAGAUAUACGCGCGGGAUUAGACGAAUUGAAACUUGACGUCGCUUUAUUUGCUGAUGUUAAAUUUUAUGUCACUGGACGUGCUGACCCUAAGGUGCUGUCACUGCUACACAAAGGUGGUGCCGAGCAUUCGAACUACUUCAGUGACUUUGUGACCCACUUGAUAGCCGGAGAAGAGCCUGCCGAGAACGAGUUAUUCGAAGCCAAAGAUAUCUACGAGAUUCCCGCGGUGACUCAGAACUGGGUCCUGCAGUCUGCGAAAUGCAAGCAGCUGCUGCCGACCCACUAUUUUUCUGCCCAGGAGAACCAACUGUUCAGUUCCGUCAGGAUCUGCACCAGUCUGGUGUCUUCAAGGGACAUCGAGUCAAUAUGGGCGAUGGUAGUCUUGCAGGGUGGUCACUUCCAAUCGCGUUUGGAUCGGACCGUGACCCAUUUGGUGGCUGGUAAAGCAUCGGGAGCCAAGUAUGAGACGGCACUCAGCCGGGGAAUCAAAGUAGUGACCCCGGAUUGGGUGACAGAGUGCUGUCGGACCAGGACCUUGGUUGAUGAGACCGAGUAUCAUCCGCGGUUGCUGGUCUACCCCUCGCCUAGUUCCAUCGGUCUGAUUACUGGAUUCAUUGACCAGGAAGAGGACAAUGAUGACGAUGAUGACGAGGAUGAUGAAGACAAUGACGAGGAUAAGACACUGUCUGAUGUCCUAAAGACCAGACUACCUUGGGAACAAUCUGGUUCCUAUGGAAUGGCCGUUCCAGUUCAACAAGUCCAGCAGAUUCAACAAAUUCACGUACCGGUUCAACAAGUCCAGCAAGUCCAAGUCCAGGUUCCAGUUCAGCAGGUCCAGGUCCAACAACAAGUCCAGCAAGUCCAGGUCCAGCAAGUUCAGCUUCAACAGAUUCAGCAAGUCCAAGUCCAGGUGCCAGUUCAACAGGUCCAGGUCCAGCAACAAGUACAGGUCCAACAAGUUCAGCAACAAAUCCAACCACAAUCACCAUCGCAAUCACCUCAAUACCAACGUCCAGCAACGAGUUUACCAGCUUACAGUUCUUCCAACAUAAACCCAACUUGGACAUCAUCUAAAUCUGUUCAGGAACUACAGAGUCCAAUUAUUCAGCAACAGAUUCAUCAGCAACAGCAACAACAACAGCAACAAAUAAAUCAGCAGUCAAUUCAAUUGCAGUCAUUCAAUCAAGUGAACCAGCAUCAAGUCAUGAUUGCCCAGCCUCAGCAACAAAUUCCUAUUCAGCAACAUCAGCAAAUUGCACAAAAACAAAUAAAUUUACAGCAGCAACAAAUUGGACAGCAAUUGAAUCAGCAACAACAGCAACAGCAACUAAAUCAGCAGCAGCAAUUAAACCAGCAGCAACAACAAAUAAAUCAGCAGCAGCAGCAACUGAAUCAGCAGCAGCAAAUAAAUCAGCAGCAGCAAAUAAAUCAGCAACAACAAAUAAAUCAGCAACAGCAAUUAAAUCAGCAACAAAUGGGACCACCGCAAUUAAAUAUGCAACACAUUCAGCAACAGAUGAUUCAGCAGCCAAUUCAUCAGCAAUCAGCAAUUCAGCAACAAGCAGCAAUUCAGCAACAGCAACAACAAAUUCAGCAACAGCCAAUCCAACAGCAACAACAAAUCCAACAGCAACAACAAAUCCAGCAGCCAAUUAUUCAGCAACAAAUUCAGCAACCGCAGCAGUCCCCAAUUCAGCAACAAAUUCAGGAGCCACAACAAUCACCAAUUCAGCAACAGCAAUUGACAUCAGAACAACGUCAGCAAUUGUUGCUAAUUCAGCAACAGCAGCAACAGCAGAAAAUCCAACAAAUAUCCCAGCAGUUGCAGCAAUCAGCACCACAGACUCAAUUUAUUGUCCGCGAAGCUGCGAUUCAGCAACAGCCAACCCAGCAACCGCAGCAACAACAACCUCAGCAACAGCAACAAAACCAGAGCUUUAUUGUCAAUCGGGAAACAUGGCAGCAGCAGCAGUAUCACUUGCAGCUGCAGCGUCAGCAACAGUUGGGUCAGCAACGACCUGCUGGUCAGUGGGUCCAGCCACCGCAGCCUCUGCGACAGCUGAUUCAUCUAGAUGCGCAGACGCAUCAGAAGCUCCAGCAGAUGGAUCCUCAGCAACGGGCACAGGUAAUUCAGAAGAUUCAGAAGUCGAGGACUCUGAUGCUGCAGCAGCAGCAACUUAAUCGACAGGCGCAUCCGGCGAUAAUCAGGACUGCGGGUGUUGCUGGAGCUGCGGGGACUCAACCGGUGCAGUGGGUCCAGAGAGGGCAAAUUAUAAACCAGAAGCCUAUGCCUGGUCAGCCACCAGCACUAGCGCCGAUAAAUUCUAACCAGGUGAUCCAGGUUCAACCUGCGACUCCUGUUGCUCAGGCGCAAACUGCCCAGACUUUUCAGGGCCAGUUGACUCCGCAGCAGCUUGCGCAUCUUCAUCUGCAGAAGCAGCAACAGAUGGCUCGGCUUCAGCAAAUGCACUUGCAACAACAACAGCAAGAAACCAUGACACCUCUGGCGAAUCCAGUUGCUGCCCAAAUGCCUGCAGAGCAACUGGUCGUCAAUGCCAAGACCAAAACUGCUCUUGCUAAUAUGCUGACCAACAGAUUGCAAGGUGGUGCAGCUGAGGGCAGUGCUGCUGGACAAUUGAGACUUAUGACUGCUCAGCAUCGGGCCCCACCUCCACCUUCUCAGGACCCAGCACUUCUUGCUGCUUAUCAGAGACGUACUCUAGGGAACAUAACCAACGGUGCAGCAGCUGGAAUAAAAAUGUACACACAGCAAGUCCAGCAGCCCAAGGCCCAGUUCUACGGCCACAACCCCAACCUAAAACUACCCCCCGACCUCUGUUUACUUGGUUGCAUCUUCGUGAUAGUGGAAUACGAGUCCCACUACACAGCCACGGAAGUGUCAAACUGGCGGCAAGUAAUCGAGCGACACGGGGGUGAAGUAGAGCCGGAGUACUGUCCGCGCGCGACCCACGUCCUAGCGAUCACCCAGAAACACCCAAUAGUAGUCCAGGCCCUUCGCGACGGCAAGCGAUGCGUCAACGCCCACUGGUUAUCGGACGUCGUCAGCAAGCAGCAAGUUCUUCCCCCCUGGCAUGCGAUCCACUUCCCCAUUCCCUACGAGGUCUCCGAGAAACCCCUGGCCCAGCACAACAUUUCCUUCACCGGUUUCGAAGGUGACGAGCGCGUGAAAGUGAAAGCGAUGCUCGACCUCCUAGAGGUCCAGUACACAAAGUACUUUUCCCGGCACAACACGAUCCUAAUCUGCCGGAAACCCGAAGGUCCAAAGUACAAAAAGGCCAAGGAGUGGUCGGUUCCCUGCGUCAACGUCCAGUGGCUGAUGGACAUAAUCUGCGGACAAGUCGCGGCCCUCCACCAACUAGACCAACCCAAGUACCAGCAGUUCAGCGUCAGCAAUCCCUUCCGACUCGACUACUCGCUAGUCCCCCACCUGAUGACCGCCUGGAAAAUGCCCAUCAACAUCACCCAGGAGUCCUACGACAAAGUCAAGGCCGUCGGUCAAGGUCCCAAUGCCCGAAGGAACAAAAAACCUCGACUCGACGUCUCCCUGAACAAAGACCCCCAGCUAAUGGGUCUAGACGAGCCCAUCGUCGUGACGAAUCCCGACCCCCCGAGUCUUGACAGGCAGCCGCGGAUCCUCUUCAGUGGAACGAACCCCAGAAAACACGCAAAGAGGAUCAGGGAAUUGGGCGGAACUCUUGCCGCUAAUUGGCGAGACGCGACCCACCUGGUGAUGAACGCCCCCUACCGAACGGUUAAAUUCCUCUGCUGUCUCAGCCGCUGCAAAUUCAUCGUCAGCGUCCAGUGGCUGCUGGAAUGCUUCGCCAGGAACACUUUCGUCGACGAGGCUGGCUACGGGUUAGACAAUGAGGAGUUUGAGAAAAACUUUAACUGCAAUAUCGAGAAGGCUCUCGUUAGUCCCAACCGAGGCUCUGUACUUAAGGGUAAAACUUUCUAUGUAACACCGAGUGUCGUACCGGCGCCUUCGGCAUUCGCUGAAAUAAUCGAAAGCGCUGGCGGGAUUUUUGAAAAAACCAGACGUUCACUUGCGCAAAUACAGGAAAUAAAUGCUAAUAAGAUAAAUUAUAUCAUCGUUACGCAGGCGAACGAUCUGCAUUUACUCAGUGAUGUACUUCGUGCUAAUAUCGGUGUGUACAGUGCUGAGGUCGUACUAGGUUCAAUAUGUCGUCAAUCUUUCCAACUGGAAACAUCACAAAUCUGAGCGUAGCUCUUAGUUUUAUAAGUAAUUGAAAAUAUAAUUUUUAGAGGUAAACAAUAUCUUUAAAUCAACAAGUCUUUUCCAGAGUUAUUUUUAAAGAAUACAGAAUUAAAAUUAUAUAUAAAUAAAUAAAUGAAUGAAUAUAUAUUAUAUUAAUAUAAGGGGACAAUAAAAAAUACUUUUAUCAUA